ACUUUCUUUUACUUUCGAUUCUUUGAGUGACUGCCUCUCAUUUGAAUAAAAUCAAAAUAAAGCUUAAAAAUAAACACUCGAUUUUCUAGAUUGGUAAAAAUAUUGAUCUGGCUGUCUGGUUGUUGACUCUUCAUGGGUGAUGAAGACAACAAUGGAAACCAACUCAGCCAAAAAAGGAAAUCUGUUUUCUUAUUCAAAAGCCAGAAAGAAAAUGAUGUAGACUUAUACAAAGCCACCCUAGAGAAAGCUGGCUUUUCUUGUGUUUCACUACCUGUGCUGUCCUUUACAUUUGUCAACCAGUCAACUCUGAAAUCUUAUCUAAAAACAAUCCACAUGUUUUCUGCCAUUAUAUUUACCAGUGUCAGAGCUGUGGAGUCUGUGGCCAAUCUUAUCAAAGAGCUGGAUGAUGUAGAGACAUUGUGUAAAACAAGGGCUUUUGUUGUGGGCAAAACAACUGCUGAAGCUGCCAGGAAAGCUAACUUCAAACCUGAAGGUGAAAACACAGGGAAUGCAGAGGCUCUGGCAGAAUAUAUUUUACAAGAUACCUGUGAUAAAAGCAAGCUUAUGUUGUAUCCCUGUUCUAAUAUUCGUCGAGACACUUUAAAAGAGAUCCUGACUAAAUAUGGGAUUCCCAUCACAGAGGUGACUGCAUAUGAAACUUGUCUCAAUGAGGAUUUGAAACUUAGCCUUCAGAAAUCACUUGGUGAGCAGGGAAUACCCGACUAUGCAGUAUUUUUUAGUCCAUCUGGUUUUCAAAACACUAAACGAAUAGUGGACAAUGACAUCUUACCUUUAGACAAGGUCAAGAUUUUAACACUAGGCCCAGCCACAGAUAAAGCUGUUCGUGAUAUGGGUUACCUCCCCUUUGGGAUGGCUGAGAAACCAGACCCUGAGAGCCUGUUGCAGUUGUUGCUGUGAGAUGUGGUGAUGGUUGUUUUUUCUUUACUGCGGGACUCUAUGCACAUUGUAAACAGAGAUGCUUGAUAAUGUACUAUUUUUUAUUAUUUCUGAUGAAUUUUUCAGAUGUGGAAUAUUGCAAUCUUAUUGUAUAUAGUCUGACUGGUGUGUGUCUAGCCUGUGUCUAAACUUUAUAUUGUGUCUGGCCUGUGUGUCUCUCCUUUAUAUUGUGUCUGGUCUGUGUGUCUCUCCUUUAUAUUGUGUCUGGCCUGUGUGUCUCUCCUUUAUAUUGUGUCUGGUCUGUGUGUCUCUCCUUUAUAUUGUGUCUGGUCUGUGUGUCUCUCCUUUAUAUUGUGUCUGGCCUGUGUGUCUCUCCUUUAUAUUGUGUCUGGUCUGUGUGUCUCUCCUUUAUAUUGUGUCUGGCCUGUGUGUCUCUCCUUUAUAUUGUGUCUGGUCUGUGUGUCUCUCCUUUAUAUUGUGUCUGGUCUGUGUGUCUCUCCUUUAUAUUGUGUCUGGUCUGUGUGUCUCUCCUUUAUAUUGUGUCUGGUCUGUGUGUCUCUCCUUUAUAUUGUGUCUGGUCUGUGUGUCUCUCCUUUAUAUUGUGUCUGGUCUGUGUGUCUCUCCUUUAUAUUGUGUCUGGUCUGUGUGUCUCUCCUUUAUAUUGUGUCUGGUCUGUGUGUCUCUCCUUUAUAUUGUGUCUGGUCUGUGUGUCUCUCCUUUAUAUUGUGUCUGGUCUGUGUGUCUCUCCUUUAUAUUGUGUCUGGUCUGUGUUCACUGUGUCUAGCCUGUGUCCAUGUGUCUGGCUACUGUGUCCAGUUACUUUGUGUAACCAUUACUUUGUGAGUAAGAUAGUUACUAUAGAAAAUACCAGCUGAACAUUUGCUUGUAAAACAUUGAGCUUAAAGAAUCCAGUUUUUUUACCAAAUAAUGUGAGAGUAACUCUCAGUAACUGUUAUUACUAUUUUAAACUGCUUUUAUUACAAAGUGAGGAAUGUAUUUUAUUCUAAUUGUUUUAAAGAUUAAAAAAUAAGUAGCAUUUAUUCUUUGAUAUUUUAAAAAGCUAUAUGGUGAUGUAAAGUGUUUUUUUUAUUUUAAAAUGUUCAAAUUAUAAAAAAGUAGUUGUAUUAACAUUUUAAUACUUUCAGCUGCUACAUUAGUGAUGUAAAGUAGCAAAUGCAUAAUAAAUUAUAUUCCAGCACUAUCAAUUACAA